AUGGGAGAGCAGCAUGUAAACGAUAAUGUAUAUGGCAAUGCUGAUGAACAGGCUCAGAUGAGCAGGAUAGGUAAAGGUGAUACAACAGCAUCAACCACUGACGUUGUGCAAGCACCAGCACGAACAGCUGAUUUCUUUACUGCACAAUUAGAUCUCAGAGAGAAGCAACGCGAAGAGAAAGACAAAUUAGAACGCUUGAUCCGCGAGCAAGCUCUAAUUUCACAAGUUAAAGAUAUUUUAGUUGUAGAUCGAGCGGAGCGUGAGGGGAAAGAUAAAGUAGAACGCCUCGCUCGCGAAGAAAAAGAAAGACAGGAAUGCCUAGUUCGCGAAAGCAGGGAACAGGAGCCUGAUGCUCAGUUUCUGGCAAAAUUGGAUGUGCUGGCGGCCACUCUCGUGGCGGUGGUGAGUGGUGGCGUCAUCCACGGCCACGCGCCUCCACCACCCCCACCACCUCCACCCCCACCACCACCACCUCAGCACGAGAUCAUCUACGACUAUGUGGCCCCAGCUCACUACCAGUACGACUAUGCUGUGAAGGACUCCCACACGGGAGACCACAAGGAGCAGUGGGAGACUCGUGAGGGGGACACGGUGCGUGGAGCGUACAGUCUGGCCGAUGCGGAUGGCACCAUCCGAAUCGUCGAGUACACCGCCGACCCCCACAACGGAUUCAACGCCGUCGUCAAGAGGGUGGGACACCCCCUGCCGCCGCCCCCACAGCCACCCACGCUGCCGCCGCCACCACCACCUCCACCGGCGCCCCACGGCCCGCUGCCGCUGCCCGUCCACCCCUGAGGAUGAGCACCGACAUCGGAACACUGAAACCGACGACCCAGCGCAUCCAUCGGCCACCGAGAAUAUUUCUUCUUCCUUCUCUUCCUUAUCCCUUUCCUACUGGCUUAUACAGCUACCGCUGACGCUAAAAAAACUCAUGUGUGAUACGUGUGUGUGACAAUCACGCCAGGGAACUGUACAUAUCGACGACUCCAUGCGAUGAUAUAAUGACAGACGUGAAUUGUUAUUGUAUUUAUUUGUUGAUACAUUGAACAAAGUAACAGUUAAGUAGUUUUUUA